AUGAAUGGUUGGAGAAUAAUAUGUAAUAAUAUAUUACUUAUUUAUUUGGCGCUUUUGUCAUGUGCUCCAGAAACAUUCGAAUAUUUAAUCGAUGCACCAUUGAAUACCGUUAAAAAUUCUACGAAAAAAUUUCUCGACGUUAAAUCAAAAUUACUCCCAACACCUCAGCAACAGAUGGAACAAAUUGAAAAGCAUUUCAAGGAAAGUAAAGUAGAAGGUGAUCAUAAUAUUCAAGUUAAAGAAGUUAGCUCAGAAGAAGAUGAUGAAGAGAAGAAGGAAGAAGUUGCUUCAAGUGGCAGUGACCUAAGUGAAGAGACGGAUGAUAAAACCAUUUGGAAUUUAUCUCCGGUACAACUUCACGUUUCGAUGGAUUCCGAAGAGCUGCAAAAUGGUGCUAUUUCUGUUAUUCAUAAUUCAUUCAUUAGUAGGAAAACAUUCAGUUGCCCAAAAAUCAAAAAUGAUUUCGUAACUGGUACCGAUACGGGUGACUUGAGUCCGGAAGAUAUUGGAAUCAUUGCUGCAAUGGGUGAUUCCCUUGCCACUGGAAAAGGACUAUGGCCUCAAACGGACAUUGAGUUUCGUGGAGCUGCAUUUCCAAUUGGUGGCGAUGCAACCAUUGAUGGACUUGUUACCAUUGCCAACAUAUUGCGUGAAUUUAAUGACAAAUUAGUUGGUGUAUCACACGGUAUGGGUACAAAAUUCCAGCUGCCUUAUCACCAAUUAAACGUUGCGGAAAGCGGUGCUUCUUCUUCCAGUAUACCUUUACAGGCAAAAGAAUUGGUCAAAAGACUUAAAGCAUUACGCGAAGUGGAUGUUAACAACGAGUGGACGAUGGUCAUUAUCACUAUUGGUACCGAUGAGAUCUGUAAAGUUUGCGAGGCUCCUGACUAUAAUGCCCUGUUAGAAUCACUGCUUAUUCUGAAUCAAGGCAUUCAAAAUGCUCUUGUGAUACUUCUUGGACCAAUCCAUAUCUCAUUCUCCCAUCAGCGAGAAGCUAACUUACUCAAGUCUCGUUGUGCUUGUUCCAAGAAAAAGUCGGACGAAUUCAUGAAAGAAUUAAGUAGAGAAUGGACUAAGGCAUUUGCUCAAUUACAGGCCCACUUCGAACAGCCGCUUAUAAAGCGACAAAAAUUUGGUGUUUUGGCAUUGCCAAUACUAACGAUUACAUCUCGUUAUCCAUCUUCUUUGUUUAUUCCAAAUCUUCCACUUUUGAAUCGAAAAGGACAUUCUUACGCUACAAAAUGGUUAUGGAAUCGGUUGAUGACUGGACCUACUUAUAAUCUUUCAUUAGCUGUACUUUCUCAGGAUUCGUACUACUGUCCAUCUAUGGGAUGCCCAUAUUUCCGAACACCAGCAAAUCUACAAUAUUGUCGAUUGGUUCGUCAUGCCGAUGUCGAAAAUCAAAAUGAAGAAAUCAUAUUAGGAACUGGUAGGCCGAUGAGGCGAUCAAGACAAAAGCUGUAUGCAACAGCUGGUACCGUUGUUGCCAUUUGUUUUUUCACUGUGUUGCUCGUUGGUACCAUACUUUAUCAAAAGAGUAAAUAUGAAAAACGCACCCGAUAUGGAAAAAGUUUAUAUGAAGAAAAAGAAGCAUUCGAAUCACUGCCCACCAAAGCCUGA